UUAUCAGUGGCCAAAUCAAUUAGUAACUACGUAGCUUAUCUCCUCGAUGGACGAAGGCUGCAGCGUGCCAAGGCAACAAAACGGAGGAGGCGCUGUGUCGCCAUAAAUAUUCAUGAAGCACUAAAAGGGUUCUCCUCCGGAUCCUAAGCAUCCUGCUGGGGAGUCGCAUUCACGAUGGAGCUGUGGCCAUAGGUACAUGGGCACAUGGGUGGUGGUUGGUAAGUGGCGGGAAUCGUAUUUGUGUUUGGUCAAUUGCCACCCGGUGACAAAGAAAUGCAAUAUGCAAUAUGCUGUCGUCAGUCGUUCCAUUUGCUCCAUUGUAAGUGUGCGGGGUGUUUAAUUUUAAAUGCCCCAAGGAGUGCGUGUACCUGAAUUUGAAUGAGUCCACGGCUCGCUUUCCCCAGGGGAUCGACAAUGGUCUCCGCCAGUCGGAUGGUGGGAGUCAGAGCAAACAAUCGCGCAUGUGUGCCCUAAACUCGGGGCUUCUCCUCACUCACCCACACACACACGCACACUUCCACUAACACUAACACUUACACUUCUGCUAACACGUACCCCGCUAAGUAGGCAACACACUUUUCGGCCACUUCCGUUGCACAAACGACAAACGACAAGCGACAAGCGGAUAUCCAUAUCCCCCUGCCAUUGUGUGCGUGCGCAGCCGGCAUUCCUGUCCCCACACACACACACACUAGCUUACUCACCUAAACGAGGCUCCCUUCGUGGACACAUGAAUGGCCGUUCGGGCGGCGGUUCGCUUCCGUUUUGAUUUAUAAGCGACCGCCGCGCCGGGCUGCGUAUCAUUAGCAGUUGAUCAACAGGUUUGCGCACAGCCAAAAGCCAGGACAUCCAGCUCCCACGCUCCCAAGCUCCUCGCAAUCUGUUUCACACCGGUCAAGUGAGAGCGCUAAUUGAAUUGCACUCGCGCCAGUAAACUCACUUAUAAACGCUAUUUCAUGUCGGAAAAAAUUCUAUAAAAGAGUGCGCUGCAAACCCGAAAUAAAAUUGUAAAAUUCUGGCCGCAGUUUCCGCUGGCUUCAACAACAAUUCGCACGCUAAAAUCGCACGGAGAUAUAUAGUCAGCCAUGGCUCACACUAAGACGCGGAGAAGUUACGGCUUUCUGAUGGUGCUCCUCAUCCUGGGCAGCGCUUGUGGCAGCUUGGUGGCCAGUGGCAGUGCGGCUAACCCAGCCUCCAAUGAACCAGGUGGCGGAGGGCUGUCCGAACAGGUGGUACUGGAUCAACUUAGCGAGAGCGACCUGUACGGCAACAACAAGCGCGCCUGGCAGUCGCUGCAGAGCUCGUGGGGCAAGAGGUCAUCCAGCGGAGACGCCAGCGAUCCGGACAUCUACAUGACCGGUCACUUUGUUCCGCUGGUAAUCACGGAUGGCACCAACACCAUCGAUUGGGACACCUUCGAGAGGCUGGCCGGUGGACAGUCGGCGCAGCAGCAGCAGCCGCUCCAGCAGCAAUCGCAGUCUGGCGAGGAUUUCGACGAUCUCGCAGGCGAGCCGGACGUGGAGAAGCGAGCCUGGAAGAGCAUGAACGUGGCCUGGGGAAAGAGGAGGCAGGCGCAGGGCUGGAACAAGUUCAGGGGCGCCUGGGGCAAGCGCGAGCCCACCUGGAACAACCUGAAGGGCAUGUGGGGCAAGCGCGACCAGUGGCAGAAGCUUCACGGCGGCUGGGGCAAGCGCUCCCAGUUGCCCAGCAACUAAUCCCGCACCGGAUCGUCGUAGCACAGGCAAACUUAACCAGACUAACUAAUCCACCUGUAUCUAACCGUAUAUAGCAUGUGUGUUUCUCCGCGAAGAGGUUCCGUUCCGUUCUCAGUGUCCAAGUCGCAUUAGGUUGUCCGGAGUUCCCCCGGUCCCGUGCCACUGAAAGUCAAUUCCGAAAAUGUAUGAAAGCGCUCGCCAGUCACCGGAUCAGCCAGUAUUAUACGCAUUACAUACAUGUAUCGGUAUGUCUAGUCAACUAUGUAUCUACUCUAGCACCUAGUCUCCACGUAUACAAGAGGAACUUUCGGAAGAAUACCGCUUUAAUUUAGAAACGUUAACUAAGUUAAUGAAUUGUGCAUAUAUCUUUAUACUUAAAUAUACAUCAGUACAUACCG